CGCAGCAUAAUCCCGAAGAGUUAUCUAAUCAAUCUACGUCUUCAAGAAGGCCGCUUCGCCUCGACCACUUACGGGACAGAGGAAGGACGAGGAGCGAUCCUGAUUUAUCCGACAAGAAUCUUCGUUGCUUGCAAUUUCCGACGAGAAGUCUGCGGUAUUCAGCAAUGUCUGCGAAGCCCAAUUCUAAGGAGUCACCUGCGGAGCCCGACAAUAUGAGAAUGCCACGUGGAAGCCUGCCUGCCGUGGAACCCUCAGGGGACUUAGAGUUUUUUCCGACCGGCGCUUCGAAUUCUUUCUCGCCGGCUUCACCACCACCUCACGAGAGAGGCACGCUGCCAAAUAUACCGAUUCACCGAGGCAUUUUGGUAGUACCGCAAACAACCGAUCGAUCCGUACAGACGGAGCCAAUCAUACAGAUUUGUCGAACUAUCCAAGCAAGAUCGCGAACAAUCAAUCAGUCCAUACAGACGCAGCAGCCGGACCGCUCUUCUGUUACUACUUCAACCCUGCGUUUAUCACUGCGGAGCCUUAUUCAGCGCCGACUACGACGCAUGAGGCAACAACGCCGACGACAGCACGGGCAUUCUGACUCUGAGAGCGAAACCACCAGGGACGACGAAGAGGCGAACAAGCGACUGUACAACACUUACAAUUAGCGACUGAACACCAGUCGCUGCCAAAUCUAGAGGGAGGACCAGAUCCGACAUAAAUUAAUCUGACAGGAUCAUCUCUCAUUUGCAUACACAACCGUCCUUUUCAGGACGAUCAUGAUGGUCAGAACAA